AUGGAUUCUCAACAUUCAUUCACACCAUUGCCGGAUUAUCCAUUCAAGCCACCAAAGGUUGCAUUUAGGACUAAGGUAUUCCACCCAAACAUCAACAGCAAUGGAAGCAUCUGUCUUGACAUUCUAAAAGAACAAUGGAGCCCAGCAUUGACCAUUUCUAAGUGUUGCAUUGGUUGCAGUACUAUAGUUGUAAAAGCUAGACCACGCCUUUACAUGGUUGGUCUUGUGACCAGACGCCCGACUGCUUUACAAGAUAGGAUGAGGGAUAGCGAUGACGACGACAUUCAUGACAGGGACUAUGAUGUUGCAGCUUUAGCUAAUAAUUUGAGUCAGGCCUUUAGAUAUAAACUUUAUGGGAAUGAGGAUAAUGAAGAGGGAUUGGAAUCACCCGCUGAUGGUAGACGUUCAUCUGAGUCUAGCUACCGUAUUGGAGAUAAUGGAACUUCAGGGGGGACAAAUUAG